GCAGACGAGGUUUGGCAUUUGAGGAACAGGCCGUCCAACACUGGCAGUGCUGACGCCCACCAUCUCAGCUAUGGAACCCCUAACGGUUUUGCUUUUGAUCUCUGCGUGGGUUUCAUUUGCUGAACCAAAGCCUUCUUAUUUGAUUACGGCUCCAAAAGUAAUCCGCAUUGAUGUGAAAGAGUCCAUUACCGUUCAAGUGUUCGAGGCGCAGAGCAAUGUUAAUGCCACUGUGUACUUUAUCAACCAAAACACCCUAAGGUUGUGUUCAGACAAGUACAGAGUGCAGCUGAACCACACAAACAAAUUCACUCAAGAUCUCCUUGUCCAGAUCCUUCCAGAGAAAGUGGAGGAGUGCAAACUACGCAGAAGGAUGUCAUCCAUCGUCAUGGCGGCAGAGAUGCCAGAGCUCUUCCGCAACCGCAGGAUAACUCACCUGAACCUUCGGCCCAAGCCUUACUUCAUCUUUAUCGAAACCAAUAAGCCGAUAUACAGGCUCGGAGAGACAGUCUAUUUCCGAAGUUUUACCUUGGACCACAAUUUGAAGCUGACAGAUUGUGAGGCCAGGCUGAAGAUCUUGAAAGCAGGUGUCUUGUUCAUGGAAGUUGAGAGUCAAAGAGAGGGCUCAGGCCAGGUCUGCAGAGGUGAAAUAAGUAUCAGACCAUCAAUGGUUGGAGACUUUGAAAUUCAGGCUGUUACCGAAGAAUAUGAGGAAUACAACGGUCACAGGAAGUUCCGGUUUAAGGCUGCAGGUGAGAAAGAAAGUCGAAGAAACAACACUGAGGUUAGACCCUACAUCGUCAAUUUGUCAAAGAUGAGACGCUUCUUUAUACCUGGAGCUCCCUUCCGAAUUCAGGCAAUAGUGACAUACCAGGAUUAUUCACCAGUUGCGAAGGCACCUAUUGAGAUUUCUGUAAUGAUCAAGGAGAAGAAAACUAUACAGGCAUCUCAGAGAGGAUUUACAGACAACAUCGGCGAGAUGAGUCUUAUCUUCAAUGUCCCUGAAGAUGCCAGCGAGAUAUAUGUCACGGUAACUGCUGGGACCAAAGCCACUGGCACAGAAGGAAAGAGUGAGAUUGCUAUAAAAUCCCAUCAGAGUAGCCAGGCCUUCCUGUAUAUCGAAGCACCCAACGUUCUACUCUAUCCUGGUGACAGCAUCCAGGUGACUCUGACAGCUCUGGGUCUGACUGAUGGCAGCAAUGUUGAUCACUUUUACUACAUGAUCUUGAACAAAGGGCAUCUGCUACACUAUGACACAGUUGAGAGGUCCACCAACACUUCAUUCCUGGUUAACAUCACACAAGACAUGAUACCGUACUUCCGCAUUGUGGCCUAUUAUUUCGCUGACAUCAAUGGCGUUAGAGAGCUGGUCUCAGACUCAGUGCGUUUGGAGGUGGAGGACCUAUGUGACAUAAAGUUCCAGAUGGUGCCCAGGUUUCUGGAGGAGAAGGACCAGAAAGACCUUCUGCUGUCCGUUUUCACCAACAGUACGGCGAGCAUCCACGUGAAAGCGGUGGAUGGGCAGCUCUCGAGAGCUCACGUGGACCUUAGCACCUACCAGCAGGUGUUCUACAGAAAGGACUUGUAUGACUUUGGCAGCUCCUAUGGCGGGGGCCGAAACACGGCCGAGGUCUUCAAGGAUUCUGGGCUGCGAUUCAUCUCUGAUCUGAUGCCAGAGUCACAAAUGAUGACAGGGCCGGCAACCAUUCCAUGGCAGAGGAGUCCAUUGCAGCCACAGAGAAAUGAUAUUACAGUCACAAGCACAUUUCCUAGACUACAGCCUUUGUUCAAGCAGGCUUGGAUGUGGGAGAUACAAGAAACUAGAGGGACAAACGCAUUUCGAUUAACAUUGGAUAUCAAUUUACCAAAGUUGUGGGAAAUUUCUGCAUUUAGUAUUCUAGAAGAUGGGGAGCUAUGCAUUGCAAAACCGCUGAUGGUUAAGAUAAAUGACGACGGGAACACAGCCCAUCGAAGGGAGUGAAUUCUUUAUCCAAACUGUGGUAGUCAAUUCGGUGCCAUGUCAUCACAACGAUCAUCUGUUUAGUUGCCUAACAGCCCCCUGUGACUUUCAAAUGACAGUGACAUUAAUAUCAAGUUCUUCUUAAAGUGUUGGUGAGUCAGCUGAGUAAAAAAUAAAUAUUCU